AUGUCCACGAAGACGCGGCCCGCCAUACCUCCCGUGGUCAUGGACAACAUCACGCAACAGAUCGGCAACACGCCUCUGGUGCAUUUGAACAAGAUCCCCCAGUCUCUAGGCAUCGAGGCGACCGUCUACGCAAAGCUGGAAAUGUUCAAUGCAGGCGGCUCCGUCAAGGACCGCAUUGCCCUGCGCAUGAUCGAGGAGGCGGAGAAGUCCGGCCGCAUAAAACCGGGAGACACGCUCAUUGAGCCCACGUCCGGAAACACUGGCAUUGGACUUGCACUCGUUGCCGCUGUGAAGGGAUAUAAGACGAUUAUCACGUUGCCGGAGAAGAUGAGCCCGGAGAAGGUCGCCGUGUUGAAGGCUCUGGGCGCGGAGAUUAUUAGAACACCGACGGCAGCGGCGUGGGAUAGUCCCGAAAGCCAUAUCGGAGUUGCGCGUAGACUGCAGAAGGAGUUGGCGAAUGCGCAUAUCUUGGACCAGUAUUCCAACCCGGAUAAUCCGCUUGCUCACGAGUUUGGCACCGCCGAGGAAAUCUGGGCGCAGACGGAGGGGAGGGUGACAUGUUUGGUUGCUGGGGCGGGGACGGGAGGUACAGUUACGGGUAUCGCCAGAGGACUCAGGAAACAUAGACCGGAUGUUAAGAUUGUGGCGGCGGAUCCGCAGGGCAGUAUUUUGGCGCUGCCGGAGACCCUGAACAAGGAGCAUGAGAACGAGCCGUAUAAAGUGGAAGGUAUUGGGUACGAUUUCAUACCCGAUGUGUUGGAGCAGAAAGUCGUUGAUAAGUGGUACAAGACGGAUGACAGGACGUCGUUCAAGUACGCCAGGAGGUUGAUUGCGGAAGAAGGUAUCUUGUGCGGUGGCAGCAGUGGAAGUGCCAUGGAUGCUGCGAUGCGGGCUAUCAAAGACCUCAACCUUGGGAAAGAUGACGUUGUCGUUGUGAUCCUUCCGGAUAGCAUUAGGAGCUACCUGAGCAAGUUCGUAGACGACGACUGGCUCGCUGCCAACGAUCUUCUUCCCCCAACCUCGGACUUUACCGCCGAAAACUCCCCGGCAACCCGCACACGCUCCACUUCCACCAACGAUGACCCCUUCCGUGGCGCGACCAUCUCCUCCCUCCGCCUCAAGCCCGUCACCACCGUAUCCGCCACCUCCCCCUGCACCGAAGCCAUUGAAACCAUGCGCGAAAAGGGCUUUGACCAGCUCCCCGUCUCCUCGUACACCUCCGGGGGUAAGCCGCGCCUCGUCGGCCUCGUCACGCUCGGCAACCUCCUGAGCUACAUGUCCUCUGGACGCGCGGGCCCGAAAUCCAAAGUCGAAGAAGUCAUGUUCGAUUUCCGCAAACUGCACGAGGUAGUGACUGACUUCGGGCGGCUUGACUUGGGCGCUAGCGCCAAGAAAGGGCGCAGGGAGUUUGUGGAGAUUACCAAGGAUACGAGUUUGAGGGAUCUGAACCGGUUCUUUGAGUGGAAUAGUGCGGCGGUUGUGACGGAGAGGGGACCCGAGGGCGAGUUGAGGGCUAGCGCGGUGGUGACGAAGGUGGAUUUGUUGACUUGGCUUGUUAAGCAGGGAGGGAAUGGGAGGAAGAGCGAGUAA